AUGCCCAGAACAUUUGUGCACACACCAACGCCUUUAUUAAGACCUCACCCCACUGCCACCUUCCAAACUACACACCACGAACAUGGCGAAGCUUUUCAAGCGCAAGUUCAACGUACAAGAGUGGUCUCCAUUGGCAUAGGAAUUUCAGAUUCUACCUGUGAGAUCAACGGCGACAUAUUCAAUAGAUGGAAGCUUCCGACCCCGCCACCAGAGCAGCGCGUACGCAAGAUUGGCGCUCGAGGGCGCAACUCGCAGGAGCAGAGUAUCUUCUUUCGGCUGCCUGUCGAGGUAAGAAGGCUUAUAUACAUUGAACUGAUGGGUGAUCGACGCGUACACAUUCGAUACGUAUGGAAGAAGCCAUCGCCAUUCCGGCCGCAGCCCAUACAAAGCGGACCCCGGUGGGACUGGUGGCAUUGUGUCUGUGACAGAUCGAAUAACUUCCCCGAGGACCCUUAUUUCGAUCGCUGUCCGGACUGGGAAUGUGAGAAGGAGCUCAAUGUGAGAAGUCCGAAAAUUAAUGGCGUGGAGUGGCUGAGGAGCUGUCAACUCGGUUAUGAAGAAGCACUAGAGAUUCUCUACAAGGCAAAUGUCUUCGCGAUGGACAGGGCCCUGGACACGCCUUUCCUGAUCUCGAGACUCAUGUCGCGACAUUGUGCCUCUAAUAUAACAUUGAUGGAUAUCUCUUUCCCCGUCGAUGUUGGUAUUGGUGGUCGUGGGUACAAUGAAAGCGACUGGAUGUCGACAUAUACCGCAUUUUUCAAGUUAUUCGGGGAGACUUUCCACGGCGUGCGUCGUCUCCGCUUGCAACUUCAAAUGCCGCCAUGGGAGGUUUUCUGUGAGGCUUUUAAUGAGCAACGGGUGGACCUCAUACGGUCCUUUCUGGAGCCAUUUGAUACACUUUCGGGAGGGCGGGAGUGGACUCGACUGCUGCUUUGUGUUCCAUACGACUGGCGUGAACGCCUCGAGAAGUUCAAAGAAUCAAUGCCGUGUCAAGAUAAGUGGGAGAUCACCGAGACUAUGUGGUCUCCCCGGGGGAUCCUGAAUUGUGUUGGAAUGAGCACAUAG